ACGAAGUGACUGACAGCUUGUACUUGUGGUCGGCAUCUGAUGAGGGAGUUGCCUGAAAAUGUACUUUCCGCCUGAAAACAUGUGAAAAUCAUGGAUCGGCCGAACAGUCACAUUUGACAAUGCCGAUGAAACGACCAGUUGGGAAGUAGGAGGUAGCAGUUUUCUUUACACGUGUAAAGGAGAGAACUAAAAACGUUUACAUUUUGCCGGUUACAUUAACGUUGCGUGGAACCGCGUAACCGAUGCUGUAAUUUUACAUUUAGGCCUAGUCACCCUUCGAUCGUGCACUGCCGGCCACUAAACAGUCAGGUGCCCGAGUUUAAAAAUGGCGGACGCUGCUGCUGAGCAGCCGGCAGCAACCAAGCCGCCGAAAUUACCACUAGAGCGGGAUCGAGAACGUACCAUAUCAGGGAAUAGCCUUAAAACAGGUUCAUCGAAAUACAAAAGCAAAGGGGGAACCAUGGAUGGUAGCAGUCCCCCGGGAGAGGGGCCCACAACUCCUAGACAGAAGAAAAUCGGCCACAGACGAGUGGACACCCUUGGUGAAACAACGUACAAAAAGACAAGCUCCUCUGCGUUGAUGGCAGCAAUUCAGCUUGGCAUUGGGCAUUCCGUGGGUAGUCUAUCGGCCAAGCCUGAGAGAGAUGUUCUGCUGCAAGACUUUGCCGUGGUAGAGAGCGUAUUUUUCCCCAGCGAAGGCAGCAACAUCACACCUGCUCACUCCUACCCUGAUUUCAGGUUCAAGACCUACGCGCCAAUCGCCUUCCGUUACUUCCGAGAAUUGUUUGGGAUCCAGCCGGACGAUUUCCUGAUAUCCCUAGUAGACCAGCCGUUGCGGGAGCUGUCCAACCCAGGGGCCAGUGGCAGCGUGUUUUAUCUCACUGAUGAUGACGAGUUCAUCAUCAAGACGGUGCAGCACAAGGAGGCAGACUUUCUACAGAAGCUUCUUCCAGGGUACUACAUGAACCUGAAUCAAAAUCCACGAACGCUGCUGCCUAAGUUCUACGGCCUCUACACCUACCAGAGCGGUGGCCGCAACAUCCGGCUGGUGGUCAUGAACAACCUGGUACCCUCCAGCGUGACCAUGCACGAGAAGUUUGACCUGAAGGGUUCCACCUACAAGCGCAAGGCCUCCAAGGCUGAGCGGCAAAAGACGCUGCCUACGUUCAAGGACCUGGACUUCAUUGAGGAGCACACAGAAGGCCUGCUACUGGACACCACGACCUUUAAUGCCCUGAUCAAGACCCUCCAGAGGGAUUGUAGGGUUCUAGAAAGCUUCAAGAUUAUGGACUACAGUUUAUUGGUUGCAAUUCACAAUGUGGAACAAGCAGAAAAAGACAAGCAAAACGAAAACAACAGUACAGACGGCAACGCCAAGUCACGGACGUCAGACACACAGCAACAACAGCAGCAACAGCAGCAGACCUCCCGGCCAGCCAUGCUGAGGAGCCUGUCUGACUCGGGCUCGACGGAGGACCACCACAUUAGCGGGGAGAAGACUCCACACAAGCUGGAGCGGUCCAAGUCCUAUCUCAACAAGUCCAAGCGGCCGGCGUUCUCCACCACUAGGGAAGCCAUCCAGGGCCACACGAAGCAGUCGCUGACGCAGGAAGAUGAAGAAGAACCGAGCGGUGGUAUUCCAGCCAAGAAUUCUAAGGGAGAACGGCUAGACCUCUUUAUAGGAAUUAUCGACAUUUUGCAAUGUUUCAAAUUGGUAAAGAAGUUGGAGCACACGUGGAAGAGUAUGGUCCACGAUGGGGACACAGUAUCUGUCCACAGACCCAGCUUUUAUGCCUCGCGCUUUCAAGAAUUCAUGUCCAAAUCAGUCUUCAGGAAAUUGCCACCUUCGAAACAUUCUCCCUCUAAACGAAGAGGUUUUAAUUACACUCCAUCAGUAGGGGGCAGCAGACCUAGAGCGCGCACAGUCCCGGCCGAACUGAGUGACCAGCAGCGAUUACACUCAUCGCAUGGGGGUAGCAUGUCGGCUACGCUGGAAGCAGGCAUUUCACCAGGAGGACAGGGCGGUGCCAAGCCCAAGGUGGCCAGGCCAGACCUCGUCCCUAGCACGCCGCCCCACUAUGGCGAGGCCCUGCAGAUGAGCAGUGGCAGCUCGCCCAGGAAGCUGAGCUCGGCCAGCAGUGGCGGCAGCAAGCGGCUAGACGCUAGCGUCAAGUUUGAGAGUCCCGCACGGAGUCCCGAGGAGGAGGAGGGCCGUGCCCCCGUGGACGUCGAGGACAUCACGAUACGAACCGAGUCCAGGGAGGAGCCGUUUGCCACAGAAGAGCUGCAGCAGAAACUGAGGGAAAUGGAUGGGGAACUAGACUACAGCCAAAGGCCCACACUGACCACCAUGCUACCUACCACCCCAACCACCACCCCGACCACGUCCCCAACAAUGACUCCCCCUUCCCUCUCCACCCCUCGCACCUACAGCGGCAGCAGCACCAUUGACACGCAGAGCGAGUCCUCGCCCCGCAAGAUGGCCGCCGAGCUGUCGGCAGACUCGGCCGAGAGACUGCAGGAGCUGCCCAGUCCCGCCCGAGAAGGUGAGGUCCACCUGAGGGUACUCAACAAGGAGAAGGCAGAGGAGGACAGAGAACCGGAGUUUGAGGUGGGCGAUCACCAGGAGGAUGUAGCCGAUGGGGAGGAGCAGUGCUGGUUGUGAGAGGAGAGCUUACCACGCUUAUUACACUCUAACCGCUUUGAUUACGUCAGUAAACAUAUCUCAAAAAGGCCUUCUUAGACUGUGUUUUUAGUUGUGUCCAAGAGGUUGGAUCAUUCAACUCAUGCCUAACCUUGAGACAUUUGCCAGCUGGCACAGUGACCAGACUAUUAAAGUAUCAAAUGUAUAUUUCACAAGUUACUUGAAGAUGGUGCUUUGUAACUGGCAAGCCAUUAACCAGGGGUACUUCUGAAUUUGUGCAGGUUCGUAAAGACAUAAUGACAUGAAUACCAGUGUGAGAAGGCCUGAAAUGAGUCAGAUGAUGCCAAAGCCUGAUUUCUGUUUAUUGCCCAGUUGCAAAAGCUCUAGGGCAAAAUAUUUUGAAAUGGGGAUAUUGGAGGUACCAGGGCACUAAGGGCCAGGUCAUUGUUUAACCAGCCAUGUACAAAAUAUCACCGUUGAUAGUCUCAAGUCUCUGAUCAAUCCAAGCACAAUCACUUAACCCUAAAAGAGCUGGCUGACAUUUUUCCAAUACCACAACUGGGCAUUUUUUCUCUGGAGCUGAGCCUUUAUUUUAGAGUAACCUUUUGCAAUCACUUUGACACCUGUGUUGUGAGAUUCGAACAUAGCGUUUUUGUGCAACUCGCAUUUUUCUCGAGAUGGGUCAGCCAAGAAAUGUAUACUUUUACCACUGCGGUGCUCAAUGUGCAUGGGCUGGUAUGCAUGCAGACAUGAACUUCAAAUGACCGCAGAACUGCAUGUCCAAUUGAAUUCAAACUUCGCAUUUAUAAUUUAAGGAGCGUCUUUGUAUGCAUGCCAAGUUUCAAAAAAAUUGAGCGUGGCACAGCCAAGUUCUUUGUGAUGGAAUCCACCCCCACCAAUCUUUGAGAUGGGCCAAAAUAACCCGGCUCUUUGAGGGUUAAAACUCACGAGACACCACCACCCCAUGAGUGUUAUGGCAAAACACUGCUCACAGACAGUCAGACAACUCUACCUGUCUACCGUUGGCCAAUUUGACUCGGGACAACUCGACAGUUGAGACAACUCGACCGGUGGGACAACUCAACCGUUUACCAAGUCGUCUGUUGAAACAACUUGACUGUUUAAUGUGCACAUGUAAAUGAUGUGCACAUGUGACUCGACUCACCAGGCGUGGCAUGCAUAGGGACCUGAUGAUGUAGCAUGCACUAGACUUGUAAACAGCAUGUCGGCAGCAUGGUGCGUGGCCACAACGGCAAUGCGGCAUGCACAGGUGGCAUGGCACACAGUCUGUGGUGCAUGCAUGUAGCUACCUUGGCUGCAAUGAUGAUCAGUCACUAGUCUGCCGGUUUGGAAGAUGGUAAAUCUGACGCCCAGUCCUUUCUCUUUUUUAAUUUGAAGAAAAGGUGUGGGCGAUGUGACUGUAAAAGCUCAAGCACAUUCAUUAUGAGUCAACUUGUCUCAAUUAAGGAUUUGUCUCCACGGUUGAGUUAUCUGUCCAUUGGAGGCACAGAAGGUCUAGUUGUCCCAGCAGUCGAGUUGUCUCAAAGGUCGUGUUGUUCCGACUCGUGUUGGCAAAUGGUUGACUUGUCUGAGCCCUAUGCUCACUGUUGUUUGGUAUUUGCUAGCUCAAUGAAGCCAAAAAGUUGAGAUGUCUCUUAUGUGCUGAAGAUGUAUGAGCUGGAAAACUACCUUUGCUUUCCGUUAUCAGCAGUUGUUCCGAAACUACAGUAUAUUGCAGUUCAAAGUUAACCGUGGAAUGGGAAAAAUGUUCUCCUCACACUUUUUCUCUUCCCAGGGAAUUUAUUUUCCUUGCCUGUGAAAAUGUGACAAAUUAUUCCCUAACGGAGAAGAAGAUUUUCACACCUAUUUACACAAUUGGGAAAACAUUUUGACAUCUUUUUACUGGAAUUGGAAAACAUUUUCACAUCUUGUGAAAUGAGAAUGCGAAUGUGAACGGGAAUUCUUUCCAUAAAAUUUCCCAUUCACAGUCAAAUUUCAGCAGCAACAUACUGAGACCUAGUUAUUUUUCCAGCAAAACCACAAAUACUAACCCUGGUUUACUAAAACAUGGACAUUGUGCGUAAAAUGUAAAAACCAAAAAAUCCUUUAAAUGCUUGCCUUGUGCAUGGCUUGAAGUGGUUUUGCUUUCAUUUUAAUCCCAAAUGCCCUGAAUUGUUCAAUCUCGGUAUACAUGUAGUUUUUUCACAUACCCAAGGAGUCCUGAUG